UCAUAAAAAAAAAAGAAAAAAAAAAAAGCACGAAACGCAGGGAGGUAACUCGAGACGUAACGCGAGUGAUUGUCGUUUUGAGUGGCAUGCAAGACACAGACGAAGACAGUAACAGACGCAGGGCGAGAGAAAUGGAAUGAUUCCAUAGCGUUGAAGAAUCUACGAACAAUAUAUCUAUCUACGAUCUAACUAUUCACCUUCUCUCACUCAUUAUCAACAAUGGCGAAUAACUCAAGCGACGCACGUGUUCCUUCCUUCACCGAUUUCCCGGAGGACAUUCAGGUCUGCAUCCUCUCGUUAUUGGGCCCAUCCGAGAUCGCCACCCUGGCCUGCACCUCCAAGCGAUUGGGCCUCCUCUGCGCCCACGACUCCAAGCUGUGGUUCAGUAUGUGCGAGCGCAGGUGGGGUUCCUGCACCCGCAUCGCCCAAUGGGGCAAGGGCAGGGGCACAAUCUCCUACAAGCACCUCUACAACACCCUCCACCACUGGGAGAAUCUCCUCGGCUUCUGGCGCCGGAGCGGCACCGCCACGGGAACCCCUCCCUUGCUCUUCUUCGAGUGGGGCCCAUCCUUCAUCUCCGCUUCUAGGGUUUCCCCUUCCGAUUUCGCCUCCUACGCCGUCACCAAAACGCCCUUCCUCUCGAUGACGCUCUCCGAGGAGGGACACGUGGCGUGCUAUCUCGAUCCCGAUGGGAAGCGAGGGUUUCAGAACGAGUUGGUUGCGGUGGAUGUUUGCUUCAUGGGGAAGACGCACUUUGUGGUCGAGGGGAAGGAUUACAGGAGUUCGGCCAGUGGCGAUGAUUGCGGAGAGGAGGCGGCGGCGGCGGCGGCGGAGGUGGAGAGUGGUUCCCCGCCGGAGAAGGUCAUGGCGGAGAUUUACCAGCAUUUCGCGAACCGGCGGAGCCCCGGCGGGGACCGGUCCCGGAGGCAGAGGCGCCGGGAGAAGGAGAGGCUCGCGAGGAGGAGGAGAUUGGAGCCUCAGCAUUUUGUUAAGAUUGUGAAUUGCUCGCCGACUCCGGCGAGGCCCUUGCAGGGUCUCUGGAAGGGAAUUUGUGAUGACAUGAGUUUGGCAUUUUACCUGGUGGUGUAUGAUGAUAUUGGAGGCAUUGCCUGCCGGCGGAUUGGGGAUCCUCCAGAACAUUUUUCAGUAUCCGGACAUGCACCACCAGUGUUCUGGACGUCAAAUGCUACAUUUCUGGAAUCUCCCUUUUCUCCAGAGGAAGAGUCUUUGUAUGACAGUCGAGUUCAUCUUCAACCACUUCAACCAAGCAAUGAAAUUCUUGAGCAAUUCCCUUUGUUGGAUGGUGAAGUGGUAAACCGAAUGCAGCAGAUCCUGUUAUCAGACAAUGUGGUAAACCGAAUUCUGCAUAUAAGCUCAAGUUAUGAUUUAGUUGUUCCAGACCUUGCUGGGACAAUAAAUCCAAGGAGUGCAGAGGGAAGGAUUUGGCAGUACCAGAAUGGUACUUUUGGUUUUGGAUUCCUUUCGGAUAAUUUUGUAGUUGACAUGAAACAUAUCAUCCACAAUGGUUGUAUUGUGGAUGCUGUAAAUUCUUCUUCUGAUUGAUUUGAUUCCCUUCAAUUUUUUUUCACAGACAAAUCAUGUAGCCAAAUGUCACCUAGACACUGUGACAUGGUGUAUUAUUAGCUUCAGAAAUAAUAACAAUUUGCUUAGACUGUA